GCUUAGCGCUGAAAGAGUGUUGAACUCAUGUGUGCACAGGUGCACGAAACAUUGCACUCGGUCUGUGUCACAGAUAUUACACUCCACAGCAGUGGAGCAAGAGCGCGAUACGCUGGAAAAGAAAGAGAGCGAGGCAGAUAAAGGGAGGUAGAGAGCGCUUUAAACAGACGUGGACGACUACCUACUGCUCAUUCCCCCAGAGCUGUAGCGCAGAUGAAGCAUCACUGCUGAGCUCACCAAAAAAAAAAAAAAAAACCAGAUCUAAAGAGAAAAGAGAGGAAAAAACAGGGAAACAGAGAAAGAAAAAGCAGGUCAGAAGCUCAUUAAAAGCUUGAAUUAUCAUCAGCUGUAGGAAGUGAAUGAAUGUGUGUGAGAGAGAGUGUAAGAAAAGAGGAGGACCUCAGAAGAGAGGAGAGAAGUGUCAGCAGAGCUGUGGAUUUAUGCUGUCCGAUCUUGACAUCGCUCCCUCCUUUCCUCCUCCUCUCCUCCCCCCUUCAGCAGGCGGGCUUUUUGUGGCUGACCAUGCAAGGAUCCUCUCAGUGCCACGGGAAUCUCCUCUCCACCUCCGGACAGUUCUGCAGCUCUCGUUCUGUGGCUCACUGACCCCGAUGCAGCCUUAAUAGUUGUAUUUUUCACGAGGGAACGUCUUGGACAAGGAGCAACACAACUUUUGGACUGUGCAGGCGUCUCCUUUUUCCUUGUGCUCAAUAAUUGAUGCGGUUUCCCUGCUGCUGCUUUGACUGUAUUCACAAGACGGGAUCAGGGAGGAAGGUCGGGACUGUGACCCCUGCAUGAUCCCUCAGUGUGUCCUCUCUGUGUUGUAGACUGUAUCUUCUUCAUCCACCUCAUCCAGCAUGCAGGUCUCCAUCGCUUGCACAGACCACAACCUGAAGGGUCGAAAUGGGGACCAUGGAAAAACGAACACCACCAGCCCCAACGUGGUGAACGCGGCACGGGCAAAGUUCCGCACAGUCGCCAUCAUCGCCCGGAGCUUCGGCUCUUUUACCCCACGCCACCACAUCUCCCUCAAAGAGUCCACCGGCAAGCUCACCGGCAUGAAGUACCGGAACCUUGGGAAAUCUGGAUUGAGAGUUUCAUGCCUCGGUCUGGGCACAUGGGUGACAUUUGGAGGACAGAUUUCAGAUGAAGUGGCGGAGCAGCUGAUGACUAUAGCUUAUGAGAGCGGGGUAAACCUUUUUGACACUGCAGAGGUGUAUGCUUCUGGAAAAGCUGAAGUCAUAAUGGGAAACAUCAUCAAAAAGAAGGGCUGGAGGCGAUCCAGUCUGGUUAUUACCACAAAGCUCUACUGGGGUGGAAGAGCCGAGACAGAACGAGGCCUUUCUAGGAAACACAUUAUUGAAGGUCUUAAGGGCUCCUUGCAGAGGAUGCAGCUGGAAUAUGUGGAUGUGGUCUUCGCCAACCGGCCUGAUAGCAACACACCGAUGGAGGAGAUCGUCAGAGCCAUGACCUACGUGAUAAACCAAGGCAUGUCCAUGUACUGGGGGACCUCACGAUGGACAGCUAUGGAAAUAAUGGAAGCAUAUUCUGUAGCGAGGCAGUUUAACCUGAUUCCUCCAGUGUGUGAGCAGGCGGAGUAUCAUCUCUUCCAGAGGGAGAAGGUCGAGGUGCAGCUGCCUGAGCUCUACCAUAAGAUAGGUGUGGGCGCCAUGACAUGGUCUCCUUUGGCCUGUGGGAUCAUCACUGGAAAGUAUGAAAACGGUAUCCCAGAAUCCUCCAGGGCUGCUAUGAAGUCAUACCAGUGGCUUAAAGACAAGAUAGUCAGUGAGGACGGACGAAAGCAGCAGGCAAAGCUGAAAGAACUCAGUCAUAUAGCUGAGAAGCUGGGCUGCACUUUGCCUCAGCUCGCCGUAGCCUGGUGUCUGCGGAAUGAGGGAGUGAGCUCGGUACUACUAGGAACCUCAAAUGCAGAGCAGCUAACUGAAAACCUGGGAGCCAUACAGGUUCUUCCAAAGAUGACAUCCCACGUGGUCUCUGACAUUGAUCAUAUACUUGGGAACAGGCCGUACAAUAAAAAGGACUAUCGUUCCUAGGGGCUCUGGACGCGGGCUCAGGGUGAAGAGAGAUAUGUGUGUAGCAGUGUUCAUGCCCUAGUGGUUCCUGCUCCGAAUCGGUUUUCAUCAUCGGUCAGGCCUUAGAGUGCCGUCCUCCAUAACCUGUCACCUGCAUCCCCUCUGUUUCUGCUAGUGUGCCUUUGCACCCAAACAAAGCAAGAAUCCCCUCGACUGGUGUCCAGGUGUCACCUUGUUAAGGCACCUUGCAGGAGAGCUUCACUCACAAAUGUGAUUUAUGAACCUUAUAAACACCCAUGCUUGACCUAUGCUCUCAAAACCAUCAGCCUCCGGGACGUCUGGCGGUAUUAGCGCACACACAGGGUGGAGGAAAAGCGCAUGUCGUCCUCUUGUGUUCAAACGCAGCAACUGCAGACCUGUAGAGCGCAGACUCUGUGGAGCAGUGUGCAUUCACAAAGAUUCGAGCUGUUUUGCCUGUGCAAGAAUGCCUGUGUCGAUAUUUUCUGAGGGAUAUUUUAAAGACGUUAUGCGUGUUUGCUUUAUAAUGCGGUAGAAAAAUAAGUAAAUGCACUCAUCUGACCUAUAGGAAAUUACUUGAAUGAGGGUAGCAUAAAUCUAUGAAUACAUGCUUACUGAACAUGCAACUGUAUUAUAAACCGACCUCAAUCCACACUGCAGUCUAAAUAUACAGUAUUAGAGUUGAUCUGACAUGCAUAGAAUAUAUGCCAGCAGUCUAAUGCAUUCAUGUUUGACUAUAAAUGAGUGACUUGUUUUUCCUUUUAGUAACAGUGUGAAAGAUAUUCAGAGGAAAACAACUUAAAGGGAUGGCCUUGUGAAAAAGAAAUGUUUAAUUAUAUUGAAUGUGCACUUUUAGUGUACUUUCAAUUUCAAAAGUAUGUUUUUUUUUAAAAACUGUACUUCUAGAUAACAACAUAUCAAUGCAGGCCAUGUAAGUGUACUGAAAUAAAGUACAGUUUCAUGACCAUAUUCUUUAAUACACUUAAUUGGACUUUUAAGAAGUCAGAUGUUGUUGUGCUUUAAAAGAAGUACACUUAUUUUAUAAGUGCAUAUUAUACAUAUCAAAGCACAUGUAAAAUACUGAUUAUAAUUUUAACUGUAGUGUGUUAUUUGUAGUGUGUAGUGUGCUGUUCCAUUUAAAAUUACUACAUUUUAUAUGUUCUUCAUCAUUACAAAUGUGUAAUUACAUAUAUAUAUUUAAAUGUGUAAUAUAUAGGUUUCUAUGGAAAUUACAUGAAAUUAUAUUUUAGUUUACCAUAAAUGCUUGUCAGUAUAUUUGACAGAAUACUUUAACCACAUUUCAAAGACAAAAUAAUUAUGAAAUUAUAAAUAAAUAUGUACUGCUGAGGUGGAGCAAGAACAGUCUAAAAUUUAGCUGGCUACAUUUAAUAUAAAUUAUUACUGUAAAUUUUCAUUUUUCAAAAAUAUUACAUUCAGUUGGCACUUAAGUAUAUUCUUGUAUUCUUAAGUGUAUUUUUCCAUAAUAAGUAUUUUUAUUUAUUUAUUUAAAAAAUGUAAGUAUACUAAAGUAUUCUUUUUCACAAUGGUAGUUCACCCAAAAAUGAAUCUUCAUUAAAAAAGAAAAAAGAAAGAAAAGAAAAAAAAAGUCACUGGGUCACUUGUUGUUUCUGAACCAAUAGACCUUCACUGUAUGCACAAAAACAUAGUAAAAUUAUGUAUAAAGAGAUGUUAAAUAGAAACAAAACUGAGUGUCAGUGAAUGAUGAGUUUAUAUUUAUGGGUGGACUGUCUCUUUAAGAAUCAAGGAGUUCCCAAUAUGCAUGGAAGCAUUAAGAUAUAAUGGGAGCGAAUCUGAUUUACUGUUUGCGGGUGCCUCAUGUUUGAUUUUAUCGCUCUUGCUCGCCCUACUUGAAAGCCAUACUUUAUCAUGCCCUUGAUAUUUUAAACACAGAUGAGCUGCUAUACCCUGUAGUAUUUCAAUUCUCAGAGUUUUUAGAUGAAUGUGAAACUUGUUGGAAUUUGGCUUGAGGAAACAAGAUGGUUCUGUAUAGAGAAAAUAAAGAGUGAAACACAGAGGGCUUCAUGAGAACCUUGUGUACAUAGUGUUACCUUUAGUCUCCCUGCGGAGUGCCUUGAUUCUCACCUGCAUGAACAUUAGGGCUUGCCCAUUCUCCCAUGGGUCCAGGAGUGUAAUACUGUGAGCCUUUCUCAAUUGUACAUGAUGUCUUUAAAAAAAAAAAAAAAGAAAAAGAAAGAAAUAGAAAUCGCACCACAUGGUGAUUAUUGUUUUCUAAAGUUUAUAACACUGUUUUUGAGAAAAGUGGAGCUGUAGGAUGCACAGGCUUUUCUGAAUCUCUGCAUCAGGGUCUAUUAUCAUAUCAUGCAUCUCUCUCCCUGUAUGGCAGCAGUGUACUUCUGUAAAUAUAAAUAUGUAAACAGUACAUAGAGGUAGAUUAUAUGCUUGAAAUAAAAAUGGAUAAGGUCAGUAAA